GGGGGGGGGGGGGGGGUCACAAAAAGUCCAGUUGGUGCCCACAUGUUCUACGCCCCUGAACGGCUCCAAAUAGCAAAAUGCGCGCGCAGGCACCGCCAUCUUUGAAUAUCAGGAGGUGUGCACCAUCAACACUGGCCCGCGAGCCUUCUCCUCAAAGUUAGUUUAAUUCAGACAACGUCUCACAAACUACUUUAUCCGAGUAUGGCGAACCGAAAUAUGCAACAAGCGACUGCGCUGAGCAACAGUUCCCCUCAACCGCCGAGAAGCGGGACCGAGUCCCCGGCGCAGUCUCCGGCGAACAAAGACAGUCCAGCGCCGCCGACGCAGCAGCAGUCACCCGCGGCCGAACAAGCGGAGGGAGCCGGGGAAGGGGUCGAAGAGGGCCGGGCUGAAAUGACUUUGGAUAUCACGAGCUUUCGGAAGCCCGGGGAGAAGACGUUCACCCAGCGCUCGCGCCUUUUCAUCGGGAACCUCCCGUUGGACCUACCGGAAGAGGAGUUCAAGAACAUGUUCGUUAAAUACGGGAAGAUCAGCGAGGUUUUCAUCAACAGAGACCGGGGCUUCGGCUUUAUUCGCCUGGAAACCCGCAUGCUGGCAGAGAUUGCCAAAGCUGAGCUGGAUGGGACUGUUUUAAAUAAUCGACCAAUCAGGGUCAGCUUUGCAACACAUACUGCUGCCCUCACUGUGCGCAACCUGUUGCCCGCAGUAACAAAUGAGCUGCUGGAAGAGGCGUUUUCUCAGUUCGGGCCGGUGGAACGGGCCAUUGUCGUGACAGAUGACCGCGGUCGCCCCACUGGGCGAGGCAUUGUGGAGUUUGCAAACAAAGCAGCUGCACGCAAGGCUCUGGAGCGCUGCGCGGAGGGAGCACUGCUGCUGACCACCACGCCUUGUCCGACCAUCGUGGAGCCCUCGGAGCACUUUGAUAAUGAAGAUGGACUGCCUGAAAAAUUGUUGCAGAAGUCUGCAGCGUACUAUAAGGAACGAGAGCAGAUGCCCCAUUUUGCUCAGCCGGGGACAUUUGAUUUUGAGUAUUCGUCCCGGUGGAAAGCUCUUCAUGAGAUGGAGAAACAGCAAAAGGAGCAGGUGGACAAGAACAUCAGGGAGGCCAAAGAGAAACUGGAGGCUGAGUUGGAGUCGGCCAAACACGAACAUCAGCUCAUGUUAAUGAGACAAGAUCUCAUGAGACGUCAAGAGGAGCUGAGGAGACUGGAGGAGCUCCGCAACCAGGAGCUGCAGAGAAGAAAGCAGAUAGAGAUGAGGCACGAGGAGGAGAUGAGGAGGAGAGAGGAGGAGAUGAUGAGACACAGAGAACAAGAGGACAUGAGACGACACCCAGAUGGCUUCAAACCAAACUACCUGGACAACAGAGAACAGGAAAUGAGAGUGGGUGAGCUGGGCCCUCGUGGAGCCAUUAAUAUGGGAGAUGGCUUUAACCAGGGCUCUCCAGGGCCCGGUGGUAACCAAGGUCAAAUGAUGGGCAUGAGUGGAAGGGGAGGAGCCAUUGGCCCAGAGGGAACGGCAAAUAUGGGGACACCAUUGAUGUCAGAGAAUGGAGCCAUGCGAAAAGAUAGAUACUCGCAGGGUGCCCCAAUGGGGGGGCGACCAGAAGUUGAGUCCCCAAAGCAGCAGCCGCCGCAGCUGCAGCAGCUGCCGCAGCAACAGCAGCAGCAGCAACAACAACAACAACAACAACAGCAGCCGCAGCAGCAGCAGCAGCAGCAACCGCAACCGCCGCCAUUGGGCCCUCAAGCUGGGAGGGGGAGUCCAGUAGGGGGAGUCUUUGACGGGCCAAACAAUAAGCGGCGCAGAUAUUAACUCGUCUCAUGGAGACGUGGAUCUUUAUUUCUUCCCCGUCCGAUCAUCUCUCGUUAUGUUUUACGUCGCCCUGUGAGUUUUGUAUUUUCCUGUAACUCAAGAUGGGACGAGGAGCGUUUUAAUUUGUGAUCGAUUACAUGAAACUGCAGGAGAAUGCUUUGGGUCGACUCUUAUUUGCAAUGUUCAUACACUAUUUUUCCCUGCUGCACAUUUGAGUGCAAACAUGUUUGCAGUUGACGACUGCUUUGAUGUUGGAUACACUUCACGGAGCCGCUGUGUGGGAUUGUUAAAGAGGAGUUAGAUUGCACAAAGAAAAGAAUACUGUUGCUGGCAGUUGGUAGUACUUUGUGGUCAUCCCUUCAAACAUACUGUUCCUCUAAUUAGAUAUUCAAUCUUAAAGUGAGUGAAUGUUUCUGCCUGCUCCGCUGUGUUGUGUAUUUGAUGGUUAAGAGAAAUAAAAUAUUGUAGGAA